AACUAGUUGAGUUAGUUGUAACCACUUCCAUAUGUGAAUUUCCUUAACAGCUGCAAAUACAAAGACUCUGUGACUGUGAAAUGUUGUUGUUAUUGUUGUUGUUGUUGUUGUUGCAUUGGCAGAGUGAAUCUCUCCCUGCAGGUGUGGACUCUGCUAUGGAUCAGUGUGAGGACAGAGAGGAGGGAGACCCUCCCCCUGAAACCACUCUGUGUGGGGAACAUGACAGCCAGACCAAAGCUCAGAGAGUGCAGCAGGAGAGACAUCGACCUGAACCUGAACCUGACCCUGGACCCGAACCCAGCUGUGUGUCCAUGAAGAGUGACCGGUCUAUGGGUUUCCCUCUUAACUUUAAAAUUGAACAACCUGGAUCUGGACCUGAACCUGAACCCAGUUGUGUGUCCAUGAAGAGUGACCGGUCUAUGGGUUUCCCUCUUAACUUUAAAGGUGGACAACCUGGAUCUGGACCUGGACCAAGCUGUCUGUCCAUGAAGAGUGACUGGUCUAUGGGUUUCCCUCUGAACUUUAAAGUUGGACAACCUGGAUCUGGACCUGAACCAAGCUCUGUGUCCAUGAAGAGUGACUGGUCUAAGGGUCUUCCUGAGUACUUUAAAGUUGGACAAACUGCUGAUGGAAGAGUUCAUCAGGAGAGCUCAGAGGGCCUCAGUGGUCAGUCUGCCCAACAGCAACAAACAGAUCUGGACUCCAUAUUUAUGCUGCUGGAGGAGAACAUUGUCACUUUUGUGAAGAACGAGCUGAAGAAGAUCCAGAAGGUUCUGAGUCCAGAUUACCCAGAAUACUUAGAGAGUCAGUGGGACUAUAAGGGGCAGAGGAGGAGCAGCAGAGAGGAGUUUCUGAAUAUCACACUUAACUUCCUGAGAGGAAUGAAGCAGGAGGAGCUGGCUGACUGUCUGAAGAACAGAACUCAUGCUCCAGUGUGCAGACGUAAACUGAAGUCUAACCUGAAGAAGAAGUUCCAGUGUGUGUUUGAGGGGAUCUCUAAAGCAGGAAACCCAACCCUUCUGAAUCAGAUCUACACAGAGCUCUACAUCACAGAGGGAGGGACUGCAGAGGUCAAUGAUGAACAUGAGAUCAGACAGAUUGAAACAGCAGCCAGGAAACCAGACAGACCAGAAACAACAAUCAGACAAGAAGUUAUCUUUAAAGCCUCACCUGGAAGAGAUGAACCAAUCAGAACAGUGCUGACAAAGGGAGUAGCUGGCAUUGGGAAAACAGUCCUAACACAGAAGUUCACUCUGGACUGGGCUGAAGACAAAAGCAACCAGGACAUCCACUUCACAUUUCCAUUCACUUUCAGAGAGCUGAAUGUGCUGAAAGAGAAAAAGUUCAGCUUGGUGGAACUUGUUCAUCACUUCUUUCCUGAAACCAAAGCAGCAGGAAUCUGCAGGUUUGAAGAGUUCCACGUUGUGUUCAUCUUUGACGGUCUGGAUGAGUGUCGACUUCCUCUGGACUUCCACAACACUGAGACCCUGACUGAUGUCACAGAGUCCACCUCAGUGGAUGUGCUGCUGACAAACCUCAUCAGGGGGAAACUGCUUCCCUCUGCUCGCCUCUGGAUAACCACACGACCUGCAGCAGCCAAUCAGAUCCCUGCUGACUGUGUUGACAUGGUGACAGAGGUCAGAGGGUUCACUGACCCACAAAAGGAGGAGUACUUCAGGAAGAGAUUCACAGAUAAGAAGCAGGCCAGUAGAAUCAUCUCCCACAUCAAGAAAUCACGAAGCCUCCACAUCAUGUGUCACAUCCCAGUCUUCUGCUGGAUCUCUGCUACAGUUCUGGAUCUGUUGAAAACCAGAGAGGGAGGAGAGCUGCCCAAGACCCUGACUGAGAUGUACAUCCACUUCCUGGUGGUUCAGUCCAAAGUGAAGAACAUCAAGUACGAUGGAGGAGCUGAGACAGAUCCACAGUGGAGUCCAGAAAGCAGGAAGAUGAUUGAGUCUCUGGGUAAACUGGCUUUUGAUCAGCUGCAGAAAGGAAACCUGAUCUUCUAUGACUCAGACCUGACAGAGUGUGGCAUCGAUAUCAGAGCAGCCUCAGUGUACUCAGGAGUGUUCACACAGGUCUUUAGAGAGGAGAGAGGACUGUACCAGGACAGAGUGUUCUGCUUCGUCCAUCUGAGUGUUCAGGAGUUUCUGGCUGCUCUUCAUGUCCAUCUGACCUUCAUCAAGUCUGGAGCCAAUCUGAUGACAGAAGAACAAACAACCUCCAAACCUGUACCAACAUGUCUCCACCAGAGUGCUGUGGACAAGGCCUUACAGAGUCCAAACGGACACCUGGACUUGUUCCUCCGAUUCCUCCUGGGUCUUUCUCUGCAGACCAAUCAGACUCUCCUGAGAGGCCUGCUGACACAGACAAGAAGUAGCUCAGAGACCAAUCAGGAAACAAUCGAAUACAUCAAGAAGAAGAUCAGUGAGGAUCUUUCUCCAGAGAGAAGCAUCAACCUGUUCCACUGUCUGAAUGAACUGAAUGAUCGUUCUCUAGUGGAGGAGAUCCAACAGUCCCUGAGAUCAGGAAGUCUCUCCACAGAUAAACUGUCUCCUGCUCAGUGGUCAGCUCUGGCCUUCAUCUUACUGUCAUCAGGAACAGAUCUGGACGUGUUUGACCUGAAGAAAUACUCUGCUUCAGAGGAGGCUCUUCUGAGGCUGCUGCCAGUGGUCAAAGCCUCCAACAAAGCUCUGCUGAGUGGCUGUAACCUCUCAGAGAGAAGCUGUGAAGCUCUGUCCUCAGUCCUCAGCUCCCAGUCCUCUAGUCUGAGAGACCUGGACAUGAGUAACAACGACUUGCAGGAUUCAGGAGUGAAGCGUUUUUCUGCUGGACUGAAGAGUCCACACUGCAGACUGGAAACUCUCAGUCUGUCAGGCUGUAUGAUCUCAGAGGAAGGCUGUGCUUCUCUGGCAUCAGCUCUGAGCUCCAACCCCUCCCAUCUGAGAAUUCUGGAUCUGAGCUACAAUCAUCCAGGAGACUCAGGAGAGAAGCUUCUGUCUGCUGGACUGAAGGAUCCACACUGGAGACUGGAGACUCUCAGGGUGGACCAUGGUGGACUGCAGAGACUGAGACCUGGUCUGAGGAAGUAUGUCUGUGAACUGGAACUGGACACAAACACAGUAAACAGAGAGCUCAAACUGUCUGACAACAACAGGAAGGUGACACGUGUGGUAGAGGAUCAGUCAUAUCCUGAUCAUCCAGACAGAUUUGACUGGUGUCCUCAGCUGCUGUGUAGAACUGGUCUGACUGGUCGCUGUUACUGGGAGGUCGAGUGGAGAGGAAGAGUUGAUAUAUCAGUGAGUUACAGAGGAAUCAGGAGGAGAGGAGACAGUAAAGACUGUUGGUUUGGAGGGAAUGAUCAGUCCUGGAGUCUGAGCUGCUCUGAUGAUGGUCGUUACUCUGUCAGACACAAUAACAUCAGCACACGCCUCUCCUCCUCCUCCUCCUCCUCCUCCUCCUCCUCCUCCUCCUCCUCCUCCUCCUCCUCCUCUGGUAGAGUAGCAGUGUAUGUGGACUGUCCUGCUGGCUCUCUGUCCUUCUACAGAGUCUCCUCUGACACACUGAUCCACCUCCACACCUUCAACACCACAUUCACUGAACCUCUUUAUCCUGGGUUUAGGGUCUGGUUCUAUGGUUCCUCAGUGUCUCUGUGUCCUCUGCAGGUCUGAGAGUCUCUCCUGUGGACAGAAACUCUGCUGACUGAAAUCAAAGUUCAGUCUGUUCACCAUCACUCACACUCUGCACUGUGAAGCAGAUCUGUCUCAGACUCAAACACAAAACAUUCAUUUGUCUGAUUUCAUCUCUUUGAGGAUCAACAUUUUUCACUAGAAACACUUCCUGAUGUGUAACAUCUGCCUCCUCCCUGGUGCUGUGAUUAAAAGUGACUCUGUGGGACACACUGUAUAAAGCUGAAAGAAUGUAAAGUGUAUCUGUGUCCAUGUACACAUGCUGUAAUAAACUUGUAUUAAAUUGUAUGUGUUUUUAGGGACGGUGCAGGAAGCUUUGUGAAGCUUUGAGGCUUCAGACUCAGCAGCAGCACAGUGACAUCUGCUGGUUUAUAAACCUCACAGCAGCUCUUAACCCUUAUGUCUUCCUCAAGCAUUUUUGUACAGUUUUCAGUUUUUUUCUUUUCAUUUGGUGAUUAUUUUGGACAUGUUACAGCUUGAGGCAUUAACUUUUGCAAGAACCUUUCUUUUUAGUAACAUUUUUUAAAUCCAAUGUGAUUUACUCUUACAUAUCUUUUAUACUCUGUUGAUGCAUUUUGCACCUUCUGGACACCUUUGUGGCAAAAAUGUACAAACUCAAGAAACUGCUAUUAAAUCAUCAUACAUAAA